AUGGCACACCAAGCCCAACUAGGCUUUCAAGACGCAGCCUCCCCAGUCAUAGAAGAACUAUUACACCUCCACGACCACGCCAUAAUAGUUGUUUUCCUAAUUAGUGCAUUUAUCCUAUACAUCAUUACCCUAAUAAUCACUACCACUCUGACCCAUACGGGAACAAUAGACGCCCAACUGGUAGAGACAGUAUGAACAAUCCUGCCCGCCAUCAUCUUAGUACUUAUCGCCCUACCAUCAUUGCGCAUUCUGUACCUCAUAGAUGAAGUUAAUAACCCCCACCUAACAGUCAAAGCAGUUGGCCAUCAAUGAUAUUGAAGCUACGAAUACACAGACUAUGAAGACCUAAUAUUCGACGCCUACAUAACACCAACACAAGAUCUCGCACCAGGGGCACUCCGACUUCUAGAAGUAGACCAUCAUAUAGUGGUGCCCACAAACUCCCCAACCCGCAUAUUAAUCUCAGCAGAAGACGUAUUACACUCCUGAGCUCUCCCAUCACUAGGCAUCAAAACUGACGCCGUCCCAGGACGCCUCAACCAAACAACCUUCACAGCUACACGCCCAGGCCUAUUCUACGGCCAAUGUUCAGAAAUUUGCGGCUCUAAUCACAGCUUUAUGCCUAUUGUAGUUGAAGCCUCAACUACCAACGACUUCGAAAACUGAUCAUUAACGAUACUACAAACAU